AUGUCUGGUCAGAGCGUGCUUUUUUGGUGUAAAGAUCAUGUCUUUAACUUUAUUCAAUACAGCUAUGCCAAUGGUAGUCUUUACUACUCCAUCGGGACUCAAAAUGUUCAGUCCUCCCAAUCGCUAGUACGUCAGUACUAUACAUCUAGUAAGAUGAGUAAAAAAGGGUAUCAUCGCCAGCUUCACAACUCGCUGAGCACUCCCCCUCUUCCCGUCUAUCCCGUAUCCUCCUUGCCCAGUUUUCUUGCUUUCCUCUUCAAUUUCACCUCGAGUAUUCCCUCCAUCCUCCAUCUUGAAUUUCCUCAUACCCGCAAUCACGUUGAUUAGGGUUAGG